AUGAUCAUCGCCUACAGUAUCGUCUUCAGCCUGGUGGUGGUCGCUGGCCUUCAUGCCUUGAAGCUCAGGCUAGCCUCGCUCCGCUCUCUCCCUCUUCCUCCUGGACCACGCCCAAAGCCCAUUGUUGGAAAUGUCGCUGACCUCCCGGUUAGAGGCGAGAAGGGUUGGGAGCAUUGGUUCAAACACAAGGAUCAGUAUGGGCCCAUCAGCUCCGUCACGACCAUGGGACAGACUGUGAUUAUCUUGAGUAAGGCCGAGGUCGCCUUUGAACUGCUGGAAAAGCGUUCCUCGCUGUACUCGGCUCGACCAGAGGCGGUUUUCUCCAAGGAACUGGCCGGCUGGGACCGCACGGUAACUAUGAAGAGUUCGGCCAGCGAGGUUCGGGUACACCGGAAGUACAUGGCCCAUCUGAUAGGAUCCAAGAAGGCUGUUGCCAACUUCACGCUACAACAAGACGUUGAGACUCGCCGACUGCUGGUACGCCUACUGGAGCACCCGGCAGAUCUAUGGGUACAUCUUCAACGGCUCACCGCAGGGUCAAUGCUCAACAUCCUGUACGGCUAUACCAUCGAACCACAGGGGUCAGACUCUCUUAUGGAUGUGGUGAAUUUAUCCUUGUCUCAGUUUGUGUUAGCUGUCGAGCCUGGAGCCUGGCUAGUGGACAGUUUCCCAUGGCUCAAAUAUCUCCCGGAAUGGUUUCCCGGCGCAGGCUUCCAUCGUACGGCCCGCGAAUGGGGUCAAACCUUGGCCCUGGUGGCCGAGCAGCCAUACGCCUUUGUCGUCCACCAGAUGGGCCAGGGCAAUAACGAAACCUCGUAUGUGUCGAAGCACAUUGAAGAUCUCAAUCACAAGCCCACGCCAGAUGAGGAACACACCAUCAAAUGGACUGCUGCGACAAUGUUUGCAGGUGGCUCGGACACGACCCCUUCCAUCCUUUCGGUCUUCUUCCUGGCUAUGGCCUUAUUUCCCGAUGCCCAACGCGCGGCACAGGAGGAGCUCGAUAGGGUUGUGACUACCGGCUUCGCUACGAUCGAGGACCGUGACCGGCUGCCAUACGUGAACGCUCUGAUAUUAGAGGCAAUGCGUUGGCAUCCAGUGGUGCCGUUGGGGGUUCCGCACCGGUCUACCGGCAUGGACUCCUAUGAGGGAUAUCGAAUCCCCAACAACUCAAUUGUGGUCGCCAAUAUCUGGGCCUUCACCCACGAUCCCGAGACGUACCCGGACCCGAUGGACUUCAAGCCCGAGCGCUUCCUCGCUCGCAACGGACAGGCCCCCCAGCUCGAUCCCACUCGUCUGAUCUUUGGCUUCGGGCGUCGGAUCUGCCCCGGACGAUUUUUGGCCGAUUCCACCAUCUUCCUGACCGUCUCCAAAUGCUUGGCGGCCUUCAACAUCAGCAAAAUGGUCAAAGAUGGACAGGAAGUCGAACCCACCGUCGACUUCACACCAGGGACUAUCAGCCAUCCGUGUCAGUACGAGGUCAGCAUCCGGCCGCGCAAUGCGGAAUGCGAGGCUCUGAUCCGCUCCUUUGACGACCCAGUGGCUUGGUCGUCUGGCAAAGGGAAAGAACGAGAGAGGCACACGUGAAGCUCCCGUGCCUCGUGAUGGUCAGGUGAUUCUGUAUGCCUAAGGCUCCCAGCCUAUAAGCCUAAACAUGAUGGAUAGUAACUAAGUUAAAGGAUAGGUUGAGAGUAAUGAGUUCUAACUAGCAAAGACAGACUAGUUACAGUGGUAGAUGAUACAAUCUCAUUGCUAUCAAUGUUAUGCAGAAGUCAUUAACACGCUUCGAUUACCUGCCCAUCCGGAUCACACCAGCUGCCACCAGCUUUUGGAUCUUCAUGCGCACCUGCGGGUUCUUCGUGUGCUCCUGCAGGGCUGCAGGGUCGCUCUUGGCCUGUUGCAGGAUGCUCUGCAUCACGGGGUCUUGGAGGAUGGACAUGAUCUGCUCAUUAGUAAGAGGCAUGGGUUUGGGGGAAGAUGUAAUUGAGAGAUUGUUAGGAACACUCACCUCCGGGUCGUUCUGGAUGCGGUCCAUCGUCUGUUGCUCCGUCUCACCCGCACGAGCGCUGA